AUGUGUCCUUCUCUGUUUGUGUUCCUAACAGAGGGUCAGGAGGUGAAGGUCGGAGAGUACAACGCUAUCGCUGAUGUCCUGGACCUUAUUAACAACACCAUGAGGUUCCAAGGUAGAUAGAUCAGACCGUGUGUGCGUGUGUUCACUACACUCGUCUCACACACAAAUGCACGCAAGCACGCGCAAUGCAGUUCCUCCGUGGGACCCAGGGCAUCCAGAAUGCUCCUCUCAACCAAUCAUCCUAUGUUUAAUUAUUACCAGCCUUUUUAUGUCUCCAUGUUUGCUUGUGUUGACAUUCUUUGUCUUUUGUAUGAUUCCUGGCGAUUACCACAGUACCCCACCAAUUCCUCCCUCCCUGUUGUCCCAUAGACACACAAUCUGGGACAGUUUUAGCUAAAACAAUUGUUUCUACGUCUCAAACCACCGUAAGUAGAGCUCAGUAAGGUGAGCCAUUGAAAUCGAUUGGCACACUGGCAAAGACACGGAGAGGGCGGAUAAAGGAAAGCGCAAACAGAACAAACAACAGUAACUGACCACAAUGACUGAUUCUGUACGGAGGUACAUUUACACAGCUGAUAAGAAAGUAGCCAAAUUGAGGCGUUUUCCAAUGUUAAGUAGCCUAAUGGUGAGGGUUAAUUUUGGAUCAAUCCUUCUCCUGUAGAAGUGUCCAGUACUUUAGACAGAAUCAAUGUCGCUGGGUAAGUGGACUUAAAAUCUAAAUCAUUCUAUGUGGAUUAUGGUACAUUUCUCAGGCUAUGAACAUCACCACUGGGCACAGACGUCAGUUCAACGUCUAGUUUUGAUUUACAUUUGGUUGAGUUGUCAACGUGAAUCAAACGUGAAUUCAGAUUGGGUGAAAGAAAUAAGAAAUUCCAUUACGUUGAUGACUUUUUGCAAAUCCAAUCAGUUUUCCAUGUUGAUUCAACAUCAUCACGUUUAAUAUUUUUGUUGAAAUGAUGUGGAAACAAUGUUGAUUCAACCAGUUUUUGCCCAGUGGGUCUACUAUAAUGGCAAAAAAAUAUGUGAACGUCUUCCUCUUCAUAGCAGGAGUGGAGCCUCCAAAUGAAGUUACUUUCCUUUUUGUGGAAUUGUUUUUCAAUGUUAAAUAGGUUACUGGUGAGGGCUCAUUUUGGUUGUCUAUCCUUCCCCUGAAGAAGUUAUUAUUAAUUUUGAUAUAUGGCAAUGUCUUCCUCCUCUUAAUUCCAGGGGUGGAGCCUCCUAAGGACCGUACAUUUGUGCGCCUGCAGCGUCGCAACAUCAACGUACCCCUCUACAGCAUCCUGUCUGUUAUCACCAUUCUGGGAAUGCUCAUGGCAGGGGCCUUCCUCUUCUUCAACAUCAAGAACCGCAACCACAGGUCAGUGGAAGAGGGAAGGGAAUGUGGGGAGGAGGGGGUAGAGCUCACAGCAAGGGAGAGCUGUGACACACUGGUCUGGACAGGAGUCCAUUGUAAAUGCAGUAUACGUGUAGAAAUGGGCUGAGGUUUGAUUGGUUCUCUCAAAUGUUUUUUUUUUCUUUCCUGGGGGGUUGAGAAUCUGAGACCGCACUUUGUUUGGAUUUGAAAAUCCAACAGUUGUAUUGGAAGUGGUUGUUCCAUGUGGAUGUUCAAGUGAGAAAGACACAGAGGAGAACCAAUCAGUAAAAAAAAGUACAGCCCCUUCAUUAUCGACGCGUCGUCAACAUCAAGGAGCCUUUCCAGAGUCUGAAGUCAGGAGGACUUGGAGUUUGGUGUACUAAUACUGGUCAGACUAGUAGAGCUCCGGGGUGGAGUUUCUUCUCAGGACAGAUCUAUGGUCAACUUCACCCUACACCAGUGAUAUUCAAAGACUGGGUCAGGACCCCAAGGGGUUGCGAUGGAGUUGCAGUGGGGUUGCCACAUAAAAAUAAAAAUACAAUCUUUUUUAGGGAACAAAAUAUUCAGAUUACAGAUUAUUUUAUGGGAAAUUAUACAAACAAUUUUGAGAAAGAUCAUUUCAGGUUUUCCUACUGUAUGUUAAUGUAAAAUAAUGACCAUAGAGCCACAGCCUUUAGACAGGACUAUAGAGCCACAGCCUAUAGACAGGACAAUAGCGCCACAGCCUUUAGACAGGACAAUAAAGCCACAACCUAUAGACAGGACAAUAGAGCCACAUCCUUUAGACAGGACAAUAGAGCCACAGCCUUUAGACAGGACAAUAGAGCCACAGCCUUUAGACAGGACAAUAGAGCCACAGCCUUUAGACAGGACAAUAGAGCCACAGCCUUUAGACAGGACAAUAGAGCCACAUCCUUUAGACAGGACAAUAGAGCCACAGCCUUUAGACAGGACUAUAGAGCCACAGCCUUUAGACAGGACAAUAGAGCCACAGCCUUUAGACAGGUCUAUAGAGCCACAGCCUUUAGACAGGACAAUAGAGCCACAGCCUUUAGACAGGACAUAGCCCCUAUAACAUAAUUAAUCAACUUUAUUGCAGAUACAAUGAAUAACACAAGAUGGAAAAAAGGAAUAUGGUUAAUUGACAUGGUGUGUAUAGGGACCCAUGUUGUUCACCUUAGUCUGUACAUUACGACUAAACCUGAUUCUGCAGCAUCAGGACCAUAGAUGGGGUGUUGCCGAUAUCCCCUCUGCUUGCAUUUGGAGACAGAUGUUAUUACCUAUUGAUUUGAUGAUGUACAGUUGAGUCGUGAUUUACACGAUGGUUUGGGACAUGCUGUCCUAAGUGAUGUGAUAAACUGUAACGUAAAGACAUCCUGGGGUGUAUUCACUAGGAACCAAGCGGAAGCAAAUGGGCAGAAACGGGGAGGGACUUACUUGAACUUGUCCAAUAAGAAACUCACAUUUUCGUAACCUUUUGCUACGGUUUGCUACGGUGCACACUAAUGAACACACCCCUCAGCAAAUACAAAUAGUGUAUGUAGAUUGGUACUACUGAACUGCACUUUUUAAAUAAAUAGAGUUUGCACUUAUCUGACAUGCACCUGUUAGGUGUAAAAUGUAAUUUAGGAAAGAUACAGUAUAUCUACAUGUCACUCCCUUUUACUUGGAAUGGAAAUGGGAAAACACACACUUUGGGAAGUGGGAAUUCGCACCUGUAGAUUACCAAGACAAAAACGUGUUUCAAUGUAAACAUUUUCCAUCUGAGAUCUUCACUUUUGGAUCACUGUUCUCCCCAAGCCGCUCCACUAUGUUUGAAUGCCAAAAAUGUCCUUCUGAGUUUUUCAAUUUUGGAACUCUGUGUUCCUCUCACAAUUUCAGAACUUGCUGUCCCUGUAUUGUAACUCUCCUCUCCCUAUAGACUGAUCAAGAUGUCCAGUCCCUACAUGAACAACCUCAUCAUCCUGGGAGGAAUGCUCUCCUACUCCUCCAUCUUCCUCUUUGGCCUGGACGGCGCCUUGGUGUCCGACAAAGAGUUUGAGGCCCUGUGCACCGUGAGUAUUGAACCUGUAUAGCUCGAACCCCAUAUCUGCUGUCCUAAUGACGUUUGAAAUCCCAGGCUAACGAUAGGCUAACACUAUAUAAUUCUCGUCUGUCUUCUCCCCUUCGAAAGCUGUGAGAUCCAGGCUAACGCUAGCUAGCAUUCUCUCUUGAUCCCCUUCACAAAGUGUGCGACCCAGGCUAAUAUUAGCUAUUAGCUAUCAUUCUUCUCCUUCCUUUAAAAGGUAUGAAAUCCAGGUGAACAUUCCUUCCAUCAGAAAGUUAAUAUAAUGGGAGUUGAUUGGAUCAGUCCCUGGGUCUUUCCUAACAUGGAGCAUAUUAAGCUCCUGCUCCCCCAGCAACAGUUUGAACGUGACUAUUUGAGCCUCUGGUUUAAUUAAAGAGGUUUGAUUACAGUGAUAACUAUAAUCAAAUGGCACCCUAUUCUCUAUAAAGUGCACUACUUUUGACCAGGACACAUAGGGCUCUGGUUAAAAGUACUGCACUAUAUAGGAAGUAGGGUGCCAUUUGGGACUCAGUCCUGGUUUCCACAGAGAUAAAUCAAGUUAAAUAAUGUUAGCUAGGCGGGAGGCGCAGCACGUAUCAACUGCUAUCGGGUGCCUGUCUGCCUGCCUGGCUCGCCUCAGACAAAACAAUCCAAAAUGGAGGCUGUCACAUCAGAGAGGAGGUGCUGAGGCAAAAUGUGUGAUCCACCAAUCAAUAUGCACUGUGUUUCCUUUGUGUGGCUGCUGCAAUAGUUUUGUCUUUCUCUUUUUCUCUAUAUUGCUGUCCUUCCACCCUCCCUCUCCCCACUAACAGAAACACCUGAUAGGCUAACUUUUGAUUUGACAAAAUAUAUUCCACUCUCAAAACAAACCAGGCCAGUGUUUUAUGUAGUGCAUCAUUGCUCCUCAAUAGAAAGGAGAAAGAGAGUGGUCGUUGCCCCCAGGAGAGCUGGCUGCAGGCGUCUGGUAUCAUCAGGGUUGCUUGGGCCCCUGUGGCUGAAGGGCCCGGCUGAUUUCUUACUUUCCUCAGGCAACACUGGGGGGAGAAUAAGCUUGCUGCUGAGUCUGUUGCCUUGGUCUGUUCCACAUAUUGCUUUCUGCCUACAUUGUGGUUGUGCCUCCCUUCCAAUAAUUCCUUUCAACAAACAGACAAACAAACACAAACAGCAUUUAGUGCAGUGGGUGUUAAAGUGGUGUUUUUCCAGCUUGUUAAAUGAGAUACUGUGGGAGUUACUACAGGAUAUAGCUUUGUUGCUGUUAUUUAGUUACAACUCAUUCUAAAUAUGGAUGUUGCCUAGCUACAGUAGGCAUCGUAGGAUUUGUAGCGUUUUAAUAUCCUUGAAUCUCAAGAAGGGAGAUGCUGCUAUGUUUGUAAUUUUAAUAACACACAUUCACAAGUUUGACAGCCAUGAUGUAAGUCUAGGACUUCCUUUCAAGUUUACACAUUCACUUUCAUGGAAUUAUUUUUAGUGCACUUCUAGAGCUUUUUGGUGAAUUUGUCCGAUAAGAAAAGACAAAUGCUAAUAGCUUGUCAGUCUAGAUCUUUGUUUAAGUCCAACUCUCUGCCAGCUAUUGACGAGACUGUUUCUGUCCCCGUCUUGCAGGUGCGAACGUGGAUCCUCAUCGUAGGGUACACAACAGCGUUUGGUGCCAUGUUUGCCAAGACCUGGAGAGUCCACGCCAUCUUCAAGAACGUCAAGAUGAAGAAAAAGGUGAGGGAUCACAAACUUUAAUUUAUUUAAUUAAUUUGAUUUUACACAGGGAGUCACAUUGAGACCCAUAUCUCUUUUUCAAAUGAGCCCGGCAAUACACAAACAUACACAAAUCAUCCAAUCAUCCGCCAGAGCAAAGAGCCCAAACUGUAUGGUCUCAUUGUCAAUGAUUGCCUAGACCUAGAAGGACAAUGAUGGCCUAUACCUAAAAUGUAAUUAUCUCAUGAUUAUUAUUAUUAUUAUUGUUGUUGUUAUUAUCAGCAUAUUGUCAUCAUUAUUCAUCCUCAUUGUCUUAGAUUAUUACUUCCUGGAUCGACUGAAUGGAUUUGACCCCAGUCCUGCCUUAUUGAUCACACUGCUAAUAGCUGACAGUGUUCAGGUUGUGGAAAGACACUAGUAGCCAACAUACAUACAGGUUAUGCCCCAAAUGGCACCCUAUCCCCUAUAUAGUGCACUACCAAAGGGCUCUGGUCAAAAGUAGUGCACUAUAUAGGGAAUAGGAUGCCAUUUGGGACAAAGACACAGUAUCACCACAAGGAAGAGAUGACAGCCACAGGUCUGGAACCUGCCUUUAUGAGCAACAGAGCACACAUACUGUAUGAACACACUAACUAUUAUCUUUGUAAAAGACUAUCAACACCAGACUAGCUCAAGGUCACCAUUUUGUAUUUUGUGAACCAGUCAGUUUCACAAUAGCCACUGUAGGAAGAGAGCGUUUUUUUUCUGUUAAUGUGAUCAAGCAACAGUAAACUGUGGUAGUCACAUGGUCUGGUCUGCCGAGUCUGGCUGUGCUCAAGCAGAACGGAGGAGCCUAUAACUAUAAUUGGCCAUUAUGGACUCUGAUAGAGAAAUCAUCACUGGUUAACAGCAGCUAGCACCUUCUUAUUGCACUGAUUCCUGUGUCACCACAUAUGCAUUAUGCGAGAUAAAACAUUAAUGGAGAGGAAAGAAGGAGAAUAACAGAGAAAAGGAGGGACUGUUAGCUGAUCAUAUUUUCAAAAAUUAACUUUACCCUUCGCCUCAGAGCAAGUAUGCAGAGCUAUCAAAAUCUGGUUAUUAUCAAGUAGCAGUCACAAGGAGAGCUUCUAGGUUGCUGCCUCUCUGACAAUGUUGCUAUGGUUUCAGUAACGUUGGCAACACUCAGAAAUCUUAAGACUUUGAGAAUUAUAUUUUUUCCACAACGAUAACCCUGAAUGUAUGUUAUCUGUGGAGUGGAGACAAAAAAUACAACACUCAAAUUUUUAAACACCAAAAACAUUUCCCCAAACAACAUGUGUGUAACUGAGUAACUACUGCAGGAGGUCUAAGAGGUGGUGUUUUGCUCCCAGUGAAUGGCACAGCAGCAAGGCAGUUUGUUAGCCCCACUCAGUCACCCCAAGCCCCAGAGGAGCUGCAUCGAUCCAGUCACAAAAAGCAUUACAGACACUCAGCUCAGCUCAGACUGUACAAACAUGCACACACGCAAGAACUCACACACACACAUACACACACACACACACACACUGUACAUGUCAGAGACUGCAGGAGCUCAUCCGAGACAUAUGCUGCUGCUGGUAUCUUUCUAUCCUGGAGGGAAUAGGAAAAAUCAAGCGAGAGAUUGGCUCAAGCAUUAAAGAGUUUACCACAGACACACCUUUUGGCAAAAUGUUCUAUGUUCAGUACGCACACACACACACAUACACACACACACCCUCCCUGUGGUAAAUCUGGUGGACAGUGUGUAGGGUUUCCGUUACUGCUGUGUGAGAUAGGCUGCUCAUUGGGGAGAAUGGUUGUGUUUUUAAGCCUGUGGUUUUUACAGGAUUAAAGGGCUGUGUGUGUGUGUGUGUGUGUGUGCGUGCGUGUUUGUGUGUUUGUAUUUGUGUGUUUGUGUGCGUGUGUGAGUGUGUGUGUUUGCGUCCUUGCAUCCAUAUGUGUGUGUCAGGGUUUCCGUUUGGAAAAUGUGGCGCCGGACAUUUGACCAGGAGUAUUUUAAUUUACCAGACAUUUGAGAAAUUUACCGGACCAAAUGCAUUGGGUUCGUAACCUGAUUAGGGCGUCUACUGACGGUGCUCAAAAUGACAAAAGUCACAUUUAGAUAAUGGUCAUUCAUAUUAACAGUCGAGGAUGGCACGAUAUGCGGUCCUUCUUACCGAAUUCUGAUGUGCACUUUGAAGAUGUUAGAAUAACUGUCCACAUUUACUUUUCCUCAGCCAACAAGACGAGUAACGAACAGCAAAAUCAUUAGCCUAUAUGCCAGUCUACUAUCCCCCAUAGUAGAAAUGUUUACCUAUUCUAUUGGUCAGCUUGUUGAGAAAGUAAUAGCCUAUUCCAACACAGACUCUGGGACAGUGGUGGGAAGAUAGAGCCCAAAUUCAUACAACCAGUAGGCCUAGGCUACACUAAAAGUCUGAUGCAACAAAUCAGAACGUUUAGCUUUAAAUGUUGAUAAACUAUUAUUUCUUCACAUUAUAAGCGCAGAAAUGCACACAAUGCAGUAGGAUACGCACAAAUGUCCAUUCCACAAUGCAAUUAGUAGGAAAACACUGUUGUCAAAAGCGCACUGCACAUGUGAACGGAUUCAUUCAGGUUCAGGUUUCAAACCAUUUUCAAAAUGUACAGUGAGGGAAAAAAGUAUUUGAUCCCCUGCUGAUUUUGUACGUUUGCCCACUGACAAAGACAUGAUCAGUCUAUAAGGUAGGUUAAUUUGAACAGUGAGAGACAGAAUAACAACAAAAAAAUCCAGAAAAACACGUCAAAAAUGUUAUAAAUUGAUUUGCAUUUUAAUGAGGGAAAUAAGUAUUUGACCCCUCUUCAAAACAUGACUUAGUACUUGGUGGCAAAACCCUUGUUGGCAAUCAGAGAGGUCAGAUGUUUCUUGUAGUUGGCCACCAGGUUUGCACACAUCUCAGGAGGGAUUUUGUUCCACUCCUCUUUGCAGAUCUUCUCCAAGUCAUUAAGGUUUCGAGGCUGACGUUUGGCAACUCGAACCUUCAGCUCCCUCCACAGAUUUUCUAUGGGAUUAAGGUCUGGAGACUGGCUAGGCCACUCCAGGACCUUAAUGUGCUUCUUCUUGAGCCACUCCUUUGUUAUCUUGGCCGUGUGUUUUGGGUCAUCGUCAUGCUGGAAUACCCAUCCACGACCCAUUUUCAAUGCCCUGGCUGAGGGAAGGAGGUUCUCACCCAAGACUUGACGGUACAUGGCCCCGUCCAUCAUCCCUUUGAUGCGGUGAAGUUGUCCUGUCCCCUUAGCAGAAAUACACCCCCAAAGCAUAAUGUUUCCACCUCCAUGUUUGACGGUGGCGAUGGUGUUCUUGGGGUCAUAGGCAGCAUUCCUCCUCCUGCAAACACGGCGAGUUGAGUUGAUGCCAAAGAGCUCCAUUUUGGUCUCAUCUGACCACAACACUUUCACCCAGUUCUCCUCUGAAUCAUUCAGAUGUUCAUUGGCAAACUUCAGACGGGCAUGUAUAUGUGCUUUCUUGAGCAGGGGGACCUUGCGGGCGCUGCAGGAUUUCAGUCCUUCACGGCGUAGUGUGUUAUCAAUUGUUUUCUUGGUGACUAUGGUCCCAGCUACCUUGAGAUCAUUGACAAGAUCCUCCUGUGUAGUUCUGGGCUGAUUCCUCACCGUUCUCAUGAUCAUUGCAACUCCACGAGGUGAGAUCUUGCAUGGAGCCCCAGGCCGAGGGAGAUUGACAGUUCUUUUGUGUUUCUUCCAUUUGCGAAUAAUCGCACCAACUGUUGUCACCUUCUCACCAAGCUGCUUGGCGAUGGUCUUGUAGCCCAUUCCAGCCUUGUGUAGGUCUACAAUCUUGUCCCUUGACAUCCUUGGAGAGCUCUUUGGUCUUGGCCAUGGUGGAGAGUUUGGAAUCUGAUUGAUUGAUUGCUUCUGUGGACAGGUGUCUUUUAUACAGGUAACAAACUGAGAUUAGGAGCACUCCUUUUAAGAGUGUGCUCCUAAUCUCAGCUUGUUACCUGUAUAAAAGACACCUGGGAGCCAGAAAUCUUUCUGAUUGAGAGGGGGUCAAAUACUUAUUUCCCUCAUUAUUAUAAUGCAUGUGUUUUUCUGGAUUUCUUUGUUGUUAUUCUGUUUCUCACUGUUCAAAUAAACCUACCAUUCAAAUUAUAGACUGAUCAUGUCUUUGUCAGUGGGCAAACGUACAAAAUCAGCAGGGGAUCAAAUACUUUUUUCCCUCACUGUAUACUACCUCAUUGCCUCAAGUGGUGUGUGACGCACUGAUGAAGCCUGCCUUCCGUUGCCUAUGCAUUUGCUGUUUGAGAUGCUGUAGCAGCAGCUCUCCUGCUGUCUGAAUGAUUUUCCACUCAAAGGCUCUGUAUCUGUAUGCUGUACGUGUGUGAUGAAUAAGAUACAUAACGAAUAUACUGUACACACGCGCCAAUUAAAUACCACUAAAUUAUGCAAAUUAACCUAUAGACCGAUAAGCAUGACCAGUCAAAUGUAUUUACAUCGAUUGAUAUUUCCCUCAAUGAAUAGGCUAACAUUAAUUUUUUUAUUUUUUUUAUUUGCCGGCUUAAAAAAAUAAAAAUGGCCAAAAGCCGACUAUUACCAGCUAACGGAAACCCUGGUGUGUACUUUUAUGUAACACACAGUCUACCCACUGACUUGUUGCCCACUGAGGUAUUUCCAUUCCUCUCUUCAAUAGAAAUACAUAACGCCCCCAAAAUAUGUAUAUGACACAAUAUGCUUUUGUAUCUGGUUUGAUUAUGUAAAGGCUUGCCAGGCCUCUGUACCCUUUUGAUAUUUAUAGUCCUCCUCACAUCACAUCCUGGAUAUAUGUGUGGGAUGAUGAAGGCUGCAGGAGGGAGUGGGAGAGCUGUCAGAGAGAGUGGGAGAGCUGUCAGAGAGAGUGGGAGAGCUGUCAGAGGGAGUGGGAGAGCUGUCAGAGGGAGUGGGAGAGCUGUCAGAGGGAGUGGGAGAGCUGUCAGAGGGAGUGGGAGAGCUGUCAGAGGGAGUGGGAGAGCUGUCAGAGAGAGUGGUAGAGCUGUCAGAGGGAGUGGGAGAGCUGUCAGAGGGAGUGGGAGAGCUGUAA